AUGACUUCCACAGUUUUUUCAGAAACACUACAAUCUAUCACAACCACCAAGCUCAGCGAACUUUCUAAGAAACGAUCUGUCUUCGAGGAACACAAAGCCUUGCUGCUCCAAUCCACUCAUAGCCAGACAGACCAGAAGCAGCGACUCGCCAUCCUUGUAGAGGGUGUCAAGAAGUGCUUCGCCAUCCAAAGUCCACCCAAGAAGCGCGGAGGCCGUCGAGGUGCUGUAGGUCGAAACGUCUACGGCAGUACUAGCGAUCCAAAUCUCGAAGUCCUGGUGAAGAACCUCGAGCGCUUCCUUGACCAAGCCAAGUACGAUCCUUCCAUAUCUUCCAAGCUCUUGCGAGACUGGGAAGUUACACUUGUGAAGAAACUCAAUGUACAGUCCUUGAAAUACCAGUAUGCAACUCUAUACGGCGAGUUGGUCACCGAGUGGCUCCAUGCAGAAAAGGCGUCCUCACUUCCUGACAACAUCUCAGAAACUUCUGAAGGGUUCGAGAAAAUUAUGCCAGCUACAAGAGACGAGGCCCGCAUCGGUUGGGAGAAGCUCGUAUUUGAGCCCUUUGAAACAGACCAGAUGGCCAUAGCCGAAUACCUCCGUAAUCUUUUCGGAGAGACAAGUGAUAACAAGCAAGGAUACUUGGCUUUGAAAAAGCUUCACAAGGAUGUCAAAGCUUUUGAACCUACGUUGUCGGCGCCAAAUCAAUUCGAUGAGACGGUUCUCCGAUGGACUAUCAGCAGUUUGAUUGCAUCUGUUCUGCUGAGUGAUGAAAAGCGAGGCGCUUUGAAGGAUUUCUUGGGUAGUCCGGUCAUCUUAGCCGAGAUCGCGGAUGUGCUCAACAUGCGGAUCGCCGACAUAUCUGAGUGGUCUUGGGACGAUGAAGUCUUGAUCGAGCAGCGACGGCAAGUGACAGGAUCAUAUCGCAUUUACAUAGAUGAAGAACUCCUUCAAGCAAUCUUCUUACAGUACGUUGGAGCGAAAUGGUGCAUCUUCUUCAAAGAAGCAUUCGUCAAUUUCUCAAACUUCGACGGCGCUUGGACGUCACUUCGGUCACCCAUCCCGCUUGAAGAUAGGAAGAGGAGAGAGUACUUUUUGGGCGCUCAGAUGAAGAAACGCAGUGUACAAGCACAACGUCAGAGUAUUUACAAAUCCAUCUUCUUCAUGUCUCAGCUUCAGGACUCAACACAUGAAGAGAAUUGUGCCCAAGAGGGCGAAGAGGAGGCCAAUUACGAGCAUGCAGCGAAGCGACACAAAUCAAUGGCUGCCGGCGCUCCACAGAUGCAACAAAUACAGCAGAUGCAGAUGCAGCAACAACAAGCACAGGCCGCUGCGCAACAGAUGCAGCAGCAACAAGUACAGAGCCAUGGUGCACAAGAUUAUCAGAUGCAGCUAAUGUUAUUGGAGCAGCAAAACAAAAGGAGAGUCAACAUGGCACGGCAGGAGCAGGACAGCAUUGCUAUGCAGCAGCCACAAGGGUUCAACAUGAUACCUUACAACGGCGUGCCUCAUUCGGGACCACAUCGUAACCACAGGAGCGAUGAGUACGAUAUCGAUACCAGCAAUCGACCCAAAACACCUAUGGCAACAAAGCAAUUCCUUUUGCACUUGCUUUCGACAGAGGUUCUUGUCAAUACUCGUCUUCAUGGAGACUUUACUUGCUCUCGCUCCGAGUUUCAGUCUUUCAGUCCAUCGCUGCCUCACUCCACAAUAACUGCCGUGCUAUCUUUCUUCGGAUUGUCUGCCAAAUGGCUUGGAUUCUUCCGAAAAUUUCUCGAAGCGCCUUUGAAAUUCGCGGCCGAUGAUGCGGAUAUUGCACCGAGGCCACGAAAACGUGGUGUACCGGGCUCACACGCACUGUCCACAAUUUGUGGCGAAGCAAUUCUCUUUUGUUUGGACUAUGCGGUGAAUCAGCAUACCAAUGGUGCCCAGUUGUAUCGCAUGCACGAUGACUUUUGGAUCUGGUCUUCAUCUCAUCAGACCGUCGUCAAAGGAUGGUCGGCUAUCACCACCUUUGCGGAUACUAUGGGCGUUACUUUGAACCGUGGAAAGACUGGUACAGUUCGUAUCACCAAAGACCAGAAACCUUUUGACAUUGAUCCUUCUCUUCCAGCUGGUGAGAUUCGCUGGGGAUUCUUGGUCAUGGACCCCGCCUCUGGAAGAUUCGUCAUUGAUCAGGACAUGGUCGACACUCAUAUCCUUGAACUACAACGACAACUGGCUGAGAAGGAUAAGAGUGUGUUCUCGUGGAUUCAGGCUUGGAACACCUACGCUGGUACAUUUUUCAAGUCGAACUUCGGUACAGCCGCCAACUGCUUCGGCCGAGAACAUGUCGACAUGAUGCUCUCAACCAUGACACGAAUUCAGAAACAGAUUUUUUCUGACAGUAACGUUGUCGAGUACCUCAAGAAAACACUGCAUGAGCGAUUCGGUAUCACCGAUAUCCCAGAUGGAUUUCUCUAUUUCCCUACCAGUCUCGGCGGUCUCGAACUCCAGAAUCCCUUCAUCGGACUCGUACAAGUCCGUAACGCAGUCUUCGAGCAUCCGGCAUCUGUCUUCGAAGAUUUCAUCGAAGCCGAAGCAAGCGCCUAUCGACGCGCCAAGACAGCUUUCCAUAACGGAAAGGUCAAUCGCAAUGGGACUAUCGAGCCGACUUACCGCCCCGCGGACUUUCAAACAUUCAUGUCGAUAGAAGAAUACCAGCGGUACAGGGAGGAGUUCUACACUGGAUAUGAUGGAGAUUUACUCUCGGUGUACCAGGAUUUGCUGCAGAAGCCUGGACCAGAGGACGUUGAUGUCUCUGAGGAAGAAGAGAAUAUGCUAGAUUGGCUCGGUGCGAUUGAUAAGCAGGACGAUGGCUAUCUGAAGUGGGUGGCGCUGCUUUAUGGUCGGGAUAUGAUGGAGAGAUUUGGAGGUUUGAAAAUUGUGGAGAAGGGCUUGUUGCCUAUGGGUAUGGUGACUCUUUUCAGGAGUGGGAGAGUCAAGUGGCAGGGCUAG